CGUAUGGCACGAAAGUCAGCGUAGUCCCGUGUAGUCUCGCGCAGAUAGAAGGAUGGAUCGUAUGACUUACAGUAGACUUCACUGGCUUGUUUAUGCUAUGUUCUUCCUUUGUGCAGCGACAACUGAGGGUAUAGCUAGUGCAUUAUUGUAUCUUUAUGUUUGUUCUGCUCUGACUCCAGCUGCAGUUACUGGAAGCAAACCUACCUUACUUCGAGGAUUGCUGCCGCAUUAUACACUUAAUCCAGAAAGAACACCGGAAUUCUCACCGUGCAACUUCUAUGGCAUUCCUCAGCCUAAGAUUAUGUGGAUCAGAGAAGGACAAAAUUUUGUUAUACAGUCGGCUCCCCUACAAACGGCCCAUACUACACCAGUGAUGGUGUGCUUGUCUUGCGACAUGCAUCAGGUGCUGACUCUGGCAACUACACUUGUCUAGGUUUCAAUGUCUGGGGCAACACCUCUGCAUCAACCAUCAUUACUAUCAAAGAAACAGCGGGUCAACCUGGGGCAGGAAGCAACCUUGGAUUGAUAUUUCUCUAUGUGUUUCUCGUUUGGCUUCUUCUCUCCAUACUUCUAGCAGUGUAUAUGCGUUUGUAUGGGAGAAUAUGGUGCAGACAAAAAUUCAACCGAAAUACAAAUCGCAGAAUGAGUGCAAUCAGCAUAGACUCUCGAGGUAUUCCUUCCGAAUGGGGAGAUCAAACUGAGCGUCUGAAAAUUGUCAAGGUUGCACAGUAUUCUGAUGAGUGGACGACUGUCAAAUCUCAGUUUAAAACAACACUCAGUAGUGCCAAUAUUACUAAUAUCUUCCGAAUUCAGAACAGGAUGCUGUGGAAAUCGUACAUCCAGGAGAAAUCCAGGCUUUUGAGAAAGAACAAAGGGGAAGUCAAUGAGAAGCAGCUCUUCCAUGGUACACGGAAAAAUGCUCCCUCACUUAUAUACAAUGGAGAGGAAGGGUUUGAAAUGAGACUUGCAGGUGAUGGAAUGUGGGGUCAGGCUAAUUACUUUGCUGUCAACGCCAGCUAUUCUGAUGACUAUGCUUUUGUACAAGAUGGUGUGAGAGCAAUAUUUCUUGUUAGUGUCCUUACUGGUAAGAGCUGUAAAAUGGAGCCUGACAGGAGUCUUCGUAUUCCUCCUGAAAUUCCCAGGCCUACUGUGAAAGGGGAUAGUGUUAGGUCUACUCUUCCAUAUGCAAAACGGAGGUACGAUAGUGUCAAUGGAUUCACUAAUGGAUCUGAAGUGUACAUGACAUAUGAUAACCGCAAGUCCUACCCCACCUACCUCAUUAACUAUCAGAAAUAGAAACACUUCAUUUUCAUAUCACAGUACACAAUGCAUAAAUCCUGCAAGCAAGAGCAUGCUAACCUACUAAUGACAAUUAUACUCACAGGGUUAAUGUUGUGUGUAUGCAUAAUGUUUGUUGUUUACUAA